AUGGCUUCGACAACCUUGGCUCUCAUCUUUGGCACGUAUUUCUGUUGGGCAGCCAUGGUAUCUGGAAAGCUCUUUCAUCAAGUCUGGGCAGGAACGCUAUUAUUUCUCGUAUUCCUUGCAGAUAAGUGUUUACAGCAGGAGUCAACAACAUAUUCAUUCCUAUACGGUACUCUAUGCCUCUUGAAUCUCGCCGUCUGUAUUGCUCUAUCCCCGGUCCAAGUCUUGCUCUUCAAACAAAAAGCCGCCUAUGAAACGCCGAGGCAAUUAGAUGUGUUCUUGCCCAAGUCAGCUCCAGGAUCGCAUCCCGGCUAUUCCAUAUCGGUCGAUAUUGUAGCUGUUCAUGGACUUGGCUCCUCUCCAGAGACGGCAUGGGCCUACAAGCUUGAUGCUCCACGAGACGCAGCUGGCAAUUCAACUCUGGCUCAAAACUACACCCAACCAAAUGCAAAUUUAAAAUACGGGCCUAUGUGGCUUCGAGAUUUUCUCCCUCUCGAUGCACUUCAGGCCCGAGUCCUAGUUUAUUACCACAAUUCCGGAUGGCAAGCACAUGCAUUAGGCAUGUCUCUCAGAGACUAUGGUCAAGAUCUCCUAACUUCGAUCGAGGGCGUCAGGCAAACAGAGACAGAACGACAUCGCCCAGUGGUACUCAUCGGAUAUAGUUUCGGGGGCCUCAUCAUCAAACAGGCCAUGCUCAUGGCCCAUGGCGAUACCUCUGGAAAAUCACAGUCAGCAUUCUCUCCAGAUUGCGCCAAAGGCUUUAUUUUCCUUGAGACUCCCCAUUUGGGCUCGGAAUUGACCAUUUUCGCAAAGGCAUUGUCGUUGCUCGGGUAUUGGCAAGGCGCAAGCACUGCGCUUCUUGAAGUUAUUGAUCCUAGAUCCCCGGAAAACAAGUCUCUACAUGAGAUCUUCUUAACCCGGUUUGCAAAUAGGGACAUGGUCAACUUUUAUGAGGUUCAGCCAGAAUCCGUCGGUCCAUUUCCAAUCAUGAAUGCCGUGAAAAAAGACUCCGCGAUGAUACCCCAGAAGGAUAACAUUCCUUGUCAUGGGAAAUACCGUGCUAUUCAUAGAUUCCUGAGCGAAACAGAUGUCGGAUACACUCGCCUAUGCCAAAGCAUCAAGCGCUUGGUUGACAAUAACAUCAACAAGCAGGACGUCUCCGACGUGUCAGCGAUGAAAGCACUUAGUUUCUACGUGGAAACGGAUUUCCAAAAUGACCUUCAGCGAGAUCAAAAUCAAAUUGACGUCCAAACGAUGGAGUAG